CUUUGGCCUCGUCCAAUCAGCAUCGACUUCUGAAGUGCCGGGCCAAAUAACAUACUUUGGUGCAUGGUUCUGUUGUGAACGUACCUAAGUACAAGUUAUUUAACAAGAAAUCACACUACAAUUUGUCUCAAACAACAGAGGCAUGGAUGCAGAGGGCUUUGGGGAGCUGCUGCAGCAGGCCGAGCAGCUCGCUGCAGAGACUGAGGCGGUGUCAGAGCUGCCUCACGUUGAGAGGAACCUUCAGGAGAUCCAACAGGCAGGGGAGAGGCUUCGCUCCCGCACGCUCACCCGCACCUCGCAGGAUGCUGCCGACGUAAAAGCGUCGAUCCUCCUUGGAUCCAGGGGUUUGGACAUCUUUCACAUUUCUCAGAGGCUUGAGACUUUAAGUGCAGCAACUACCUUUGAGCCCCUGGAGCCAGUUAAAGACACUGACAUACAGGGCUUCUUGAAGAACGAGAGGGACAACGCCCUGCUGUCCGCCAUCGAGGAAUCUCGCCGCAGGACAUUCCUGUUGGCUGAAGAAUACCAUCGUGAGUCCAUGCUGGUCCAGUGGGAGCAGGUGAAGCAGAGAGUGUUGCACACACUCCUUGGCGCAGGAGAGGACGCCCUGGACUUCAGUCAAGACGUGGAGCCCAGCUUUGUGAGUGAAAUAACAGCACCAGGAAGGAGUGCCUUGGACAGCGUGGAGGUGGCAUACGGACGACAGAUCUACGUUUUCAACGAGAAGAUUGUGAAUGGUCACAUCCAGCCCAAUCUGGGAGAUUUAUGUGCUUCUGUAGCAGAAAGCUUGGACGAUAAGAAUGUGUCAGACAUGUGGCUGAUGGUGAAACAGAUGACAGAUGUUUCCGUGGUUCCAGCCAAAGAUACGCUGAUGAGUCGUACUUCAGUGAAGAUGCAAAUGGACUUUGUGCGGCAGGCGCUUACCUGCCUUGAGAGCAGUUAUAAGAAUUACACCAUGAUGACUGUGUUUGGGAACCUUCAUCAGGCCCAACUAGGAGGGGUACCGGGAACGUACCAACUUGUCCGCAGCUUCCUCAACAUUAAACUACCAGGUCCCCUUCCUGGCAUGCAGGAUGGCGAGAUAGAGAGCCAUCCAGUUUGGGCCGUGAUCUACUACUGUCUGCGUUGUGGAGACCUGACCGCAGCAAUGCACGUAAUCAACCAGGUGCAGCACCAGCUUGGGGAGUUCAAGACCUGGUUUCAAGAGUACACGAACAGCACUGACAGACGCCUUUCCCCGACUUCAGAGAACAAGCUUCGUCUCCACUACCGCAGAGUGCUGAGGAACAGCGCCGACCCUUACAAGAGAGCCGUCUACUGUCUCAUUGGUAAAUGUGACAUCAGCGAUAACCAUGGAGAAGUGGCAGACACGACUGAAGACUAUCUUUGGCUUAAGCUGAAACAGGUGUGUUUCGAUGAUGAUGGCAGCAGCUCCCCUCAGGACAGAUUGACUUUGCCACAGCUCCAAAAGCAACUGCUGGAGGAUUACGGAGAAUCCCACUUUUCUGCGAGCCAGCAACCCUUCCUGUAUUUCCAGGUGUUAUUCCUCACAGCUCAGUUUGAGGCCGCUGUAGCAUUCUUGUUCCGUGUCGAGCGGCUGCGCAGUCAUGCCAUACACGUAGCGCUGGUCUUGUACGAGUUGCGACUGUUGCUGAAGUCGUCCGGCCAAAGCACUCAGCUGUUGAGUCAAGAACCCGGCGACCCCCCCACUGUGCGACGCCUCAACUUUAUCCGCCUGCUGAUGCUUUACACGCGCAAGUUUGAGUCCACGGAUCCACGAGAAGCCCUGCAGUACUUUUACUUUUUACGCAAUGAGAAAGACAGCCAGGGGGAGAACAUGUUCAUGCGAUGCGUCAGUGAACUUGUUAUUGAAAGUCGAGAGUUUGACAUGCUGCUGGGAAGACUGGAGAAGGAUGGGAGCAGGAAGCCUGGAGUCAUUGAUAAGUUUGCAGGAGACACCAGAGCUAUCAUUAGCAAAGUGGCCUUGGAGGCAGAGAACAAGGGUUUGUUCGAGGAAGCCAUCAGACUGUAUGAGCUGGCCAAGAAUCCAGACAAGGUGUUGGAGCUGAUGAACAAGUUGUUGAGUCCUGUCAUUGCCCAGAUCAGCGCUCCUCAGUCCAAUAAGGAGAGGCUCAAAAACACCGCCAUGGCCAUCGCUGAGAGGUAUCGCUCUCAAGGAAUAGCAGGAGACAAGUUUGUGGACAGCACUUUUUAUCUUCUUUUAGACCUGAUGACCUUCUUUGACGAGUACCAUGCAGGUCAUGUUGAUAAAGCAUACGAUGUGAUGGAGCGUCUUAAACUUCUGCCCCUCAGCCAGGACAGCGUGGAGGAGAGAGUGGCGGCCUUCAGGAACUUCAGUGAUGAGGUGCGUCACAACUUGUCAGAGGUGUUACUUGCGUCUAUGAACAUCCUGUUCACUCAGUACAAGCGCUUGAAGGGGGCGCCAGCAGGCACACCGGGACGAGCUCAGAGGACUUUAGACGACAGAGACACGCAGCUGCGCAGCCAAGCUCGAGCCCUGAUCACCUUCGCUGGCAUGAUUCCCUACAACAUGGCCGGAGACACCAACGCUAGACUGGUGCAGAUGGAAUUACUGAUGAACUGAGGUGUCACCACAUACAUAGGCACAAACCACCGGAGGGCACAAACCCCAUUUUUCAUCAUGUUCUUUUAACAAGGCAAACAUUUAUUAGUUUGAUUUUGUUUGUUUUUUUUCUUUUUCCCCAUUGUGAUGUUUCAUAUUUGUAUCACCAGUUAUUUGGAAUAAAAAAUAUUACCUUUUUUUUUUUUAA